AGCGAAUCAUCAACACACGAAAACAACGUAGAAAAACAUUUAGAAAAAGUUCACGCAACAAUACCAAAAGUAUCGAUUUCUAAAUCGACCAUAUCCAAGCCAUGUUUGAGGAGAGACAGCUGACCAGAGAACCUGUCAGUUGUAGCGUCCCCGUCACCAUGGCAACGGCGUCGUUUGGAAGCAUGGCGACCAAGAUCACCAAGUGGACGAGAGAAAAGGGCGGAAGGAAAGACUUUGUGGACGCUACGCGACGUAGCCAUCAGGCCUUGACCUACCACCUGACCGAGAAUGAAACCAACAAGAUGAAGGAGCUGGCGAGGUGCGAUAAAACCAGGGAGAGCGAAGGCAAAGAGGGGAAAAUAGAGGCGAAGGAGGACGCUGUCAUCAGGAGGAGGAUCGAGAAGCUACGAGCUCAGUUGCAUAGCUUCUCCGUCGGGGAGACCAACAAAGUAUCCGUCGAAAAAAGUCCCUCGGAGGGGGGAGACGCCCCUACGAGGAGCCUCAAGGAACUCAAGGAGGAGGCGAAGAAGAGGAAGGACUUGCUGAGGACCGCCAGGUCUUACAUUCCACCGACGGCGCAGCCAAUCACGCCCAAGCAACGAGGUCAACGCAUCCACACGAAGGUGUUGGCCGGAAGAGCGGUCCAGGUGAGAGAGAAGCAGGAGAGAAUCAGAGAGAGAGAAGAAUACGACUCCAAGUGGGCGGAGAGGGUCAUCGAGAACCACGAAAAGUACGAGGACGAUAAGUGGAGGGAGAAACUGGAGAGAAUUGAGAAGAAGGAAAAACUCAAGAAAGAUCUGGAUGAACAAUGCGUUGAGCUUGCCAGACGUAGGAAAACGGCCUGGGCUAACUUGGUUGAUGUUCGGAAGGACAUUGAACUCUCUGACCAACUCCACGAGAAACACCAGCAACACUGGAAGACGGAGAGCAACAAAGCCAAGCUACAGUACCGAGAGAAGGCUCGUCAGGAAAUCCAGGACAUCAACGACAGGAAACUCCAGGAGGCCCUUCGGGACGAAGAACUGAAAGCGGAAGACCUCAGGUACUCCGCCUUCAAGAGGGCGUACGCCCGCAGGGUCAAGCAAAGAAUUCUGGACAAGAUGCACGGAAGGCGUCCAACGACUCAGGUUUAG